AUGUUCCUCGCCAUCGUUGCGAAUCUGUUCGCGGUAUUGAUCGGUACAAUCCUGGCAGGAAUCUUUCUCCUCUGGCACAAACCGCAUCUAGACGUCGACGGUAAUACCAUCAUUACACUCAAGAAGUCCCCAAACCAGAUCAACCAAUUCGACAUCGCCCAUCUCGUAGCCCUGAUCGCCCUGAAGCAUGCUCUUCCAGCCUUCACUGGGUAUCGCCCGCCAUUGCUCCCCGAGCCAGGAUCAGCCCAGGCCUUCCGUCUGCCAUGCGUACGGUUAGAAGGCCCUCUCUCAUUGACGGAAGGCAACCUCAGGGUCUUUAAUCGCGCGGUGCUCAAGGAUGGGCUGCGUCCUACGGAAGCCGGCACGAAUCCAUUCUUUCUGAUUGCUCAGACUGUACCCUUGGCAAUUAACAUUCUUGCACAUCGUGACUGUCCUAUCAAGCCGUUUGGUGCCGUAAAUACGAGGAAUACGUUUCGAUUCAUCAACCCUUCUGCCAUCCGUGACUGGAAAACGCUCGUGGCAGCGUCCAAGCUUGGGCAGAUCUCGUACAGUGCUGUCUUCGGCGGUCCGGGCCAUCCUGGAAGACGACGAAAGCGCGGCGUAGAUUUCUGUAUCACAAUAGAUGUGAGGCACGGCAAAGAGACAAUCCUCAAGCAAGACUUGUGGUUCCUGCAAUCUCUUCCAAGGUUCUACAAGCCGAUCUACCAAGAGGCUGCGGCGGACGGGGUGCAACUUGUAGCCGCCGACGUGCAGCAGGAUCGCUCUAAAGCAAACGGUCGUGCUCUACGGAUAAGCGGACGCGAUCCUCGGCGAUGGGCGGCGACCAGUAAAGACUACAAUCCUAUCCAUGUUUCCGCGAUGGGCGCAAAGUUAUUUGGCUUCAAAUCUGUCAUCGCACAUGGCAACCACGUUGUCGCUCUAGCAGUGCAGCAGCUCGUGGAUGCCAAGACCGACGAGGAGAAAGCAGCGAAAGCACGUGUAUGGGAGACUGAUGCUGCUUUUGAAAUCGAGGCGAAAUUUCUGCGGCCAACGACACUGCCUGCGUCUCUUACAGCAGAUUGGAGUAUGCAGAGUGGUGACCAAGAUGCCAUUGCCCUAAAUGUUCGUGGUCGCGAGAAGCUCAACGUCACGGCAGUCGUUCGACCCACCGUUACUGAAAAGUUAUCAUGA